CGCCAGGAAACGUCAUCGAGGAACAGAGAUGGACAGAUGAGGAAGGAGACGAAUGAAGGAAGCAGGUAAAGAUGAGGGUUUCUACCAGCCAGCUGCAGCAGCUCGCCAUCUUCACCACCGUGCUGACAGGAGGAGGAGUCGGCACCAUGUACUACCUCCAGCAGAAGAGGUUCGCUGAGUCGGACUAUCACCGAUUGGCUCUGCAGAAGUUGGAGGAUUGUUCGGUCGCCAUGGAGAGCCUGGGAGCCCCGCCUCUGAAAGUCCACAACAUCCAUCUGACGGACAGACAAAACCGCGUAGAUCUGUACGCCGCACAGAUAAAGAUCCCUGUGACCGGCUCUAAAGAUGGAGGUUAUCUCUACACGACUUCGGUCAGAGACCUAAAAACCAACAGGUGGAGUCUGAAACAGGCGGUGCUGAGGCUCAGAGAAGGACACACCAUCGACCUGCUGAAUCCUCCAGACGCAGAGCAAAGUAUGUCUGAAGAGGACACGCAGUGGAGAUAGGGGUGAGACACACAGGGGUGAGACACGCAGGGGUGAGACACGCAGGGGUGAGAGACAGCAGGGCUGGACCCAGGCCGAUGGCACUGACUGAUAGGUGACGAGGACAAUAAUGAGAGAAGAAGUGCUGCUUGAACAGAACUGACUGAUCAACUGAUGUAAACCACGGACAAAACCUGUUCCAGAUGAUGUUUUGGAGUGUCAGCAGGUUUCCCAUGAUGCACCACGUUGAUGCUUCAGCAUGUCUGAUUAUUGCUGUGUUGAUUAAAUUAUUUAAGCUGAGAUACUGCAAUAAAAGUUGAGUUAUUCUUGUC